UGAGCUACAUGUGGACGCAAGUGGUAGGUUAUAGUGGUAGGUACCUAUACACAACUCAGGCAAUGCCGCGGGCAGAUGAAAGUUUCCAUUGCUCCAAAAUUUAAGGGAGCCUCAAUUAAUAAUAAUGACUCAUAUGAACAAUAAGUUGUGGGUGGAACUGAGUCAGUAGGAUAGUAAUUGAAGCCAACCAACUCGGGCCAUACUACGAGGUACCAUAUUCUAUCAAAGCAUCACGCAAUGGCAAUCGAUAACUUAGAUGUUAUCGUUGUUGCGUGAUUCAGUUCAUUGCCGAUCUUGUAUGUACACAAAUCCAGCAUUUCACGUGAACAUGUGAUAGGACAUGAAAGUGUAUCCUGAAUACAACUUUAAAAAUGAAAAUUCAGGUUCUAAAAAGAACCGGUCGGCUUCAGAUGUUAGUGGUCUAUCGUUGUUGGCUGCAAGUCUACGUCAUCAGACGACGGAGUUCUUCAACAAUUCAACUUUACACGGUGUUCGAUACAUUGCUGAAAAGGACAGACCGUUUUGCGAAAAGUUUAUGUGGUUCAGUUUUACGGCCGUCGGUGCAGUGACAACUUGCAUAAUAAUUGUUAGCUUAUGGGAAAAGUUCCAAACGAACCCCACUAUUACGGGUUUGGAUACGGACUUUCACAAUUGGGAUGUUCCGUUCCCGGCAGUGACAAUAUGUGACCUAGACCCUGUCGAUGAUGAAUUAUUAGAUAACUACAUAGAAAGUAUAUGGGGUUCGGAACCGCCAGCUAAAGCUGGUGAAAUGCUGCGAUGGUUGGCUACCCUUACAUAUCGGUCUAUAGAAGAACGCGCCUCUGAAUUCAUAUCGGAUACUACUCUUAUUGGAAAAAGCGAAGGCGAUGAACCUGCGCCGGCGAAAAAUCCCAAAGAUGCAGUUUUUGAAAUAGUCCGCCAUUGUGAGACAUUGUUUUACGACUGUGAGUGGAAGGGUGACUCUGAAGAGUGUUGCGAUGUGCUAAUGCCCGUUUUCACUGAAAUGGGAUUCUGUUACGCUUUCAACUCUAAACAUGCCGAAAAAGUUUGGCCAUGGCAAUCACAGUCUCAAACCGAGCUGUUCAAUGAAGCAUUCAUCCAUGAGACUGACGCUAAAUGGUCUUUCAUGUUUAACACAGACCGUAAAAACACCACAUUUGAUGUAUUUAUUCAUUCUACUGAAGAAAUGGCAGGUCUAGAGCAAAGUCCUCAACAUACUUGGGACCAUCGAGUGGAGAAAGUAUCGUUUUCUGUAAAACAUACGUAUACCACAGAGGAUGCUCGGCAGCUAUCUAUUCGUCAGAGACGAUGCGUGUUCGCUGAUGAAGUGCGUUUGGAGACAUCUAACAUUUAUACUUAUUCAGCUUGCAUGAGGCAAUGUCGCAUGCAAAGGAGUCGGUCGUUCUGCAAAUGUGUGCCACAUUUUUAUCCGACUUUGAAAGGUUACAAACAAUGCACACUUCGUGAGUUAGGCUGUAUAGCAACGCACGCAGCUGCAAUAACAGAUGUUUCUCGCUGCAACUGUGAGCUUGGCUGCUCACACACUGUGUACGAAGUCGAAAAACUUACCGAUGUCGAUGCAACACGAAGUGACGACAAUACACUAUUGGAAACAGAGUUCGUGUCAUGGCCAAUGGUCCGUUACAAACGGGAGGUGCUCUUCGGUUGGGUCGACUUGUUGGUGUCUUUUGGAGGCAUCGCGGGCCUGUUUCUAGGGUUCUCAUUACUAUCAGGUGUGGAGCUAAUAUACUACUUCACACUGCGAGCGUGGUGCGCAGCGGCGCGGGACGGAGACGUGUUGCGUCAGGAGCGAGCGGAGAGACUCGCUAAGCCUAAACCUCCUCACGAUCUGAGUCUUGUGCCUUGGUGGAAGCAGCCUCCACUCCCGCGCAGCGCACGGCCCGCUCGUCCGAUAAUGGUGCGAGCUAAGAAAGCACCGCCGCCAGAGUACUCACCACCUCCUGCAUAUCCCACCUACUUACCAUAAAUAGUUAUUAGUAUUUGUGCUAGGUAUAAGCUCAUGCAAGAAAUGAAACGAUAAUAUAUUUCAGUUAAUAUUUAUUCCAAUAUUUUUGGUCAUACAUCCAUUCUAAUGUCGCAAUUAGUAAAAUUUAUAUCGAACUACAUUAUUGUGACAAUUGGACACAAAAACAGUCAACAAGUUCCAAAAUUCGAGAAAUAUAAACAUACAUGCAGUAAAGUCUAAAAAAACGACCACAAUAAUGCAGUUCAAUAAAUAACAAGUUUACAAAAAAAUAUAAGUUCCGAAACAUUUCGAGUGAUCUGUGUAUUCUAUACAUAUUUAAUUUUUACGUUUUUAUCUAUGAACAAAAGGUACUAAAUCAUACGCAGCACCAAACGUCUAAGUACUAAAAACAAGGAAUGAAAUUUCUGACUAAUCAAACAUAAAUAUUACUAAUAUUGCAUUAAUAAAUUGCCUCGGCAAUCUAUUACUCACACGUUUCACUCAUUGGGCGGUAAUCGCCGAAUGAUUGAAUCAUAAUACUCUUGCAUCGUUUCUGAACAUUAGAUAUUACUUAAUAAUGCUGAUUGUAUUUUUAUCGCAACGUCCAAAUGAAGUUCACAGAUUUUUAACUUACAUAUCUACUUAUUGUAUCUUGAUUACAUAUAACAUAGACACAUAAAAAUUGCAAAUUCUAUUACCAAAAAAGUUUAUUUACCUACAAUGCCAUUUCCAAACUAUUUCUUUCAACGAAUCCUAGCAACUUUGGCUUCAUCAUAAUACCUUUCAAACCCACAAUGAAAAGGGACUAUUUCUACGACUUAGUAUAUAACAUUAUAUAAUGUAAUACUUCUAGAACGUUCAGAGAAUGUGAAUUGCGGUAUCGCUGUCUGAAUGAAAAGUUUAUAAUAUGAUUAACCUACACACAUACAAUAAUAAAAUUGUGCUGCAUCAUAUUUUUACUAUUAACAAAGGUGUAAGACGCAGUCAUGGAACAUUACGUUAAAACAUUUAAACAGUUUAAGACGAUCCUUUGGUUUGAACAGUACACAAAUCGGAAUGCUGCUCGCUCACUGGUUUGUAUCUUACAUUACUUGACAAUACCAAUGAUUAAUGCAAUAAAAUUGCACUCUACAAAUAUGUUAUGUUUAAUAAUACGUAUAUUAUAAUAAGGUAGACGAGGAGGAGCUCCGUAGAACAAGGAUGCGAGUGUAAACUGUGCCACACGGUGUAACAUAACUUCUUAAAACAUGUCUCAUUGUGGUUUACGCACAACUAUUACUAGUAAUCUUAAUUACAUUAUUGUAAUGUGUUAAAUAUAAGAAAAUAAGUAAUUAUAUAAUAUCUUUCGGGGUUCUAAGAGGUGGGUAUUAAAUAAUUUGAUGUUAUUAACCGCUAUUAUAAUAGUGUUAAAUUAAAUUGAAAAAUAAUUUAAGUAGCACCGUAAAAUAAAAUAACUUUUUUGUCACAAUUUGUGCACCUUUUAAAUAUAUUUUACGAUAAUAAUACAAUACAGCAAAAAACAUU